GAGAAGCAAAAAGAAGAAAUGGAAAAAUUGAUAAAUAUUAUAAAUAAUAUUAAAAAAAAUGAGACUUUAAAAUUAAUACUAUAUAUGAAGAAAGAGUUAGAUAAAGUGAAUGAGAAAGCUGAAGAAGAGUAUUCAAGAAUGAAAAUGAACAUAGAAUAUAUUAAAAGAAAUGUUGAGAGUAUAAAAAAUUCAGAUAGUGUAAGUAGUGCAUUGAAUGAGUUAAAUAAUACAAAAGGUAAGGAUAGAGAAAUAAGACAAAGUAAAAUAACAUAUUAUUCUUAUAAAGAUGAAAUAGACUUAAUUUAUAGUAAUAUGGAUAAAGCAGUAAAUUUUAUAGAUAUGAAUAUGGAAACUGUAUCAGAAUUGGAAAAUUAUGAAAGUUUAAAGAAUACAAAAGAUAUUAUUUUAAAAAUACAAGAAAAUUUGGGUGAUGUAGAUGAAAAAGUAAGAGAGAGUCAAAGCAUUUUAAUAAGAGCUGAAAGUAUUUACAAAGAAGUAAAAUUAAGAGAUGAAUUAAAAAAAAAAAUUAAGGGAACAAUAAAGAAAAUUGAUGAAAUUUUCCCCAUGAUACAGGCUUCACUUAAUAAAUAUGAAAAAAUAAAAAGUAUAAGGGUAAAUGAUAAAAACUAUGACGUAAUUUUUAAAAUUGAUAAAGAUUAUGAGAAUUUAAAAGGUCUUUCAAAUGCUUACACGGCGAAAUUAAGUGAAAUAGAUAGAGAAUUAAGUAUAAAUGUAAUAAAAAGUGAACUUGACGAUAGUAAAUUUAGUUUAAAUGAUUUAGAAAAACGCAUUGAAGCAUCAAAAAGAGAUGAAUCUGCUAGCAAAAUAUUAGAGGAAGUAAAAUGCAACAUUGAUAAGAUUAUAAAUGAAGUAAAUAAUAAAUAUAGCAAUGUUUUAGAAAUAGAUAGGUCAUUUGAUGAAUUACUAGAGUUAGGAAUAAACUAUAAAUUAUCUUUUCAAUCGGUGAUUAUUACAAGUGUUAAUGUGGAAGUAUCAAAAGAUGUGCUAAUAAUAGAGAAAAAACAAAAAGAUGUUGCAUCAUGUAUACAAUAUAUUAAAAAUUGUUGUGAUUCAAUAACUAAUGAUAUUAGUAUAUUAAAUAAAAUUUAUAAUAGAGAUAUCCUAAAUGGGUAUAAAUCGAACAACGUUGAAAAUGCAAGUAAAAUUUUGGAGUUUAAAGUAAAGAAAGAAGAAGCAAUAAAAAUGUCCAUUGCUAUACAAAAAUUGUUUUUAACAAUGAAUGAAAAUAAAGAUGUAAAUAAAGUGGAUGAAUACAUACAGGAACUGAAAGAUAUCUAUGAAAAAUUCCAAAAAGAAAAGAUAUAUAUAAAUGAAAUUUUUAGAAAUAUUAAUGAUAGUAAAUUAAAAGAAAUGGAGAAAAUUUCUGAAAAAUAUAUUGAGAUAGCAGAUUCCCAUAAAACUAUUGUAGAAGAUCAAAAAGAGAAGUUUUUAAGCAUCAAGAGUAAGUUAAAGGAAAUUGAAGAUUUUUUAAGGGAAAAAAAAGAAAAUUUGCAUAGCAUUGAAUUCUCAGACUUAGAAUAUAUAAAGAAAGUUAAUGAAAUUUAUGAAGAAAUUAAGCAUAAAGUUACUAAUAUAGGUGAAUUAGAAAAUGAUAAUAAUAGUGAAAACAAUAAAAUUAUAAUUUACACCGAAAAAAUUUCUUAUUUAAUAGAAAGAAUAAAAUUUUUAUUGAAAGAUGAAGAAUUAUAUGAAUAUGAAAGUGAUUAUGAUUUAUCAGAAGAAAUGAAUAAGAAGGCAUUAGAUGAAGUAAAUAAUUAUAUAACAAGAAUUAAGGAAAAGAGAAAUAAAUCAAAGACAAUUUUAAAGGAUAUAGAAGUUAAUGUAGGAAAAAAUAAAGAUAUUUUUGUUGAAAAUAAAAAUACGCUUCUUUCUAUUUAUAGUAUUAUAAAGAGUAUAAAUGAAAUAAGGGAGGGUUAUCAAAGAAAAGCAAUUGAACAUGACAAGAAAAACAAAAUAAGAGAUAAUAUAGACAAAACUAUAAAAAAAGAGGAUGAAAAUAUUUCAAUAAAUAAUGACAUUGGUAAAACUUCUUUACGUGAUGAUAAAAACAUAGAAUUAAAUGAAAAUGGUAAUCAUAAUGGAAAUAAAGGGUCAGAUGAAAAGAAUAAUAGGAAGGAAGAAAACAAAUUUGGUAGUGCAAAAGUUAAAUUAUCGGGAGGAAUAUUGUGUGGUUUAUUAAUAAGUUCUUGCGUAAUUAUCACUACUUUAUAUAAAAGUAAGAGUGUAG